ACACACACACACACACACACACACACGAUCACACAGGGUGCUCAUUCACUCUCAUUCAACACCGUGUCAGCACAGCACUUUCAUAUCCAACACACACUCGCACACACUCACACACACUCUUUCUUGCUGGGCGUUUGAUUUGACCUACAUUGUCCUCUUUGAGUCUUUCGAAAGCCCGUUCUCCUUUAGCUCUUGGUACAGCGCAACCAGAGCAUUUCAUACAUACACAGACAAUCGGGCCUAGAUGUCAGGCGAGAGCUUGGAUGGCUUUGCGGCUUGCAAGUCACCACUUGCUGCUGAACGACUCUUGGCAAUAGAAGCAUAUGGGAACGGCAACAACGACACCAACCACCCGCUUCCGCAGACCCUCGAAACCUACGUCGAGGCUCUCGGAUGCGACGAAGCAAGGCACGCUCUGCACGCUGGUACAGGCGACAUCGAGGACACCGCGAUCGGACAGGCAGAGGUGGACACACCACCUGACACGAGCAAGCACGCAAAUCCCAGCACGAUGGAGUUCUUGGAGCUGAAGCAGCAGCAGAGCGGAUGCGUGCAAGUUGGUGCUGCCUUCAAGUCACAGCACUCAGGCAGCGCGCGUGCCAGAGAUGGCAAUCAACAGCCACCCCCUUCCCAUGCCCAACCGCACCUUGCCAUUGGUCAGGCCCAACAGCAGCAUGUGGAUGCCAACCACUACUUCAACUACCCUCCCCGCAACCACUUCUUCUACCCUCUUGGAAGCAGUGCUGAAAGCGGCGUGAGCGGCCUGAGCAACGUGAGUGACGUCGGAUACGGUGUGGUCCACACACACCACCAACAGCAACAGCAACAAAAGUACCUACUGCAAGACCAGCAACAGCAGCAGCAGCGCUUGCUGCAGGAUCAAGGCGAGGACGAUGAAGGGCUGGCAGUUGGUGGGCUGGCGGAACAUGGCCUGUUGGUGAACGAAGCACAGCAACAAGGAACACAACAAGGAACACAACAAGGAACACAACAAGGAACACAACAAGGAACGCAACAAGGAACACAACAAGGAACGCAACAAGGAACGCAACAAGGAACGCAAGAGGAGCGCCACCACCGUCAACCACAUCUACAACGUCAACAGCAGUGUCUGCCACAAGAGGCACAUGGGCACUCGCAACUGCAGCUUCCUCGUGCCCAGCCGGAGCAACAACAACACCAGCAGCACUUGAAACAUCGGCAGGAGCAAAUUGUCGCGCCACGCGCAGCAGCGGCAGCGUGUGUGCAAAGCGAACCCGCGUAUGUACCGGGCCCCUUCUCCCUACCCCUGCUUCCCUCCAUGUCGUGCGAUGAAGCAGAGCUGCGACUCAUAACGAUUCGACCACAACCCGGCGCCUUUAUCAUUCGCGAGCACCCAAGCAGUGAAGAGCCCAUCAUCACCCUGGCGGUGACACCUCAUCGCAUCGAGCACCACACCCUCCACCGCGACCCGCGGGGCCUGUACAUGAUGGAUGGACAGCGGCUCUCACAGCCGUGCACCACGCUUCUCGGCGUUAUUGCACACUUGCAAGAACACAGCGAAACCAUGUCCUGUGAGCUGGGCAACAUGGUUGAGCUGGAAGGGUUUGGCGAGACGGAUGUUGACGCAGCACCAAAGGAGUCAUACGACACGUACAUUGCACAGCUGGACUUUUCCACAGGCAUGUCUGAGAGCGAUCUGGGCGUGUUUGCUGCUUACGGAUCAGACUUGCCCGCAAGCAUCUUUCAACAGGAUGCACCGACGUCAUCAUCACCAUCAACAGCAACAGCCUCAGCAACAGCAGCAACAGCGUCCACCACGCGUAGAAGUUUCUCGUCGCGCCAGAAGUCUCCGACGUGGGCUGCCACCCGCCCGUGCGUCCUGGCAGCGGUGGUCAUCACAAUGGUUGUCGUUGCUGGCAGCAUUGGCGUUGGCGUGCAUGUUGCCACCUCGCAAAGCGCGCGCACACCCCCUGUCCUUGACUGCGCGUGCCAGCAGAGCCGUGCCCUGUUCGCGUCGCAAGGCGUGGUGGAAGCCUCGUCCGUGUUCCUCAACGCUGCGUGUCCGGAGUUUGCGCACCUGCAGCGUGUGCUUGGGGAUGUGUACGUCGACAGCAGUGUGACAGCGGUGGACUUUGGGUCCAUCACCUCUAUUGGCGGGAGCGUCGUUGUGACGGGCGCUGCGCUUGACGCCUAUCGUCAGUUUGACACUCAAGGUGCCAGCGAAGGCGGUGGCGGCGGCGACGAUGGGCAUGGUGGGGGUGGUGGGGCUGAUCAAGGCCACAGCCACGGCCACGGUGGGGCAUGGCUUGCGCACGUUCCCGGCUUUCACGGUAGCGGCAGCUUGGACAACGAUAACACCCUCAGCGACAGCUUCAACACCAACACCGCUGCUGAUGCGGCACAUGAUGGCAUCCACAAGACACGACGUCCCUCUGCUACCAGCACCUCUGUCCCCGGCACUGGCACGAGUGCGUUGGUGUCGCUCACGUUCAACCAGGUCACCAUGGUUGGCGGUGACAUUGUCAUCUGCUGUGCCAACGCGCUGGCAGAGGUGGACGUUGGCGCCCUGCACACCGUGGCUGGCAGCGUCGUUGUUCGUGGCACGUCGCUACCGUCAUUGAGCUUUCGCAACGUGAGCACGGUCCUGGGCUGUGUUGAGGUGGGCAGCAACGCCAUGCUAACGGCAGUGGACUUUGGGUCCCUCGCACACGUCGGGCAGUGGCUGAGCAUCAGCAGCAACAGCAUCACCACCGUCGACUUUCAGUCCCUCUCCAUGAUCGGGGGCGAGGUUGACCUGACCGGCAAUCCACUGCAGGCGCUCGCGUUUGGCGAACUCGCAGACGUGGGGGCGCACAUCCACAUCACGGACGCAGCGGCCACCACUCUCAACGACGGCAUGUUGGGCGGGCUUGACCUGACCUCAGGCAGCAUGCGCGCAGUUGACUUUGGCACGCGCAUCAAGUACGUGAAGAGGAGCGUGGAUCUGGUGAACAACGACCUUGCCAGCAUCACGUUUGGCGCGGUCACGCAUGUGAGCGGAUACGUCAACCUGCAAGGGAACAGCAACCUCCAGCGCAUUGACUUUGCGUCCCUGCUGAGUAUCUCGGGUGGGCUGCACCUCCCAGGCGUCAAGUUGACCGGCAUUGACUUUGGGCAGCUCGAGCGCAUUGGUGGCUAUCUUGACAUAUAUGACACGGCGCUCUCCACCAUCAGCUUUGCACCCAUCACCUCCAUUGGCGGUAGUGUGUACCUGUUCAGCAACAACCUCACCAGCAUUGACUUUGACGGCCUGCGUCGUGUUGACGGCAGCAUGUUUCUUGCCGACAACAGGCUGACGCAGCUGCACUUUGCACAGCUCACAGACGUGCGUGGCAGUGUGCAUGCCACCGACAAUGCCAUCACCAGCGUCACCUUCAGCACACCCGCGCCCUCCACGAUCGCCGGCACGCUCGACCUCUCCAACAACGCCAUCACGCGAAUCGACUUUGGCGGGUUGGUGGCCAUUGACGGUGACCUGGUGCUGCGCAACAACAACCUGCACACCAUCACCUUCGGUCGCAUCGCCAGCAUUGCAGGUCGCAUUGAGCUCGAUAACGCUGGGCCGCUCACCCACAUCGACUGCCAGCACCUUGGCUCGUGCGUUUGCGCCGACGACCAUGUCACCCUGACCAACUGCCCUCCUCGUUGCAGGAUGCCUGGAUGA